AUGGACCAGCCUGACCCGCAGCUGCACCGGCGGCUGGAGCAGAUGAGGAAACUGAAGCUAGGGCCGGUAGCUGACUUCCCAGGUGACACAGCCAGAAGACCCUCCUCCCCCGCCCCCCCGCAGCUCGGGCCCUGGUCGUGGCGCGGCUGCCGCACGGUGCCCCUCGAUGCCCUCCGGACGCGCUGCCUCUGUGACCGGCUCUCCACCUUCGCCAUCUUAGCCCAGCUCAGCGCCGACGCGAACAUGGAGAAGGCGAUCGUGCCGUCGGUGGCGCUCAUCGUGGGCUGCGGCGUGUCGUCCCUGACCCUGCUCAUGCUCAUCAUCAUCUACGCGUCCGUGUGGAGGUACAUCCGCUCGGAGCGGUCCGUCAUCCUUAUCAACUUCUGCCUGUCCAUCAUCUCCUCCAACGCCCUCAUCCUCGUCGGGCAGACCCAGACCCGCAAUAAGGUGGUGUGCACGCUGGUGGCCGCCUUCCUGCACUUCUUCUUUCUGUCCUCCUUCUGCUGGGUGCUCACCGAGGCCUGGCAGUCCUACAUGGCCGUGACGGGCCGCCUCCGGAACCGCCUGGUCCGCAAGCGCUUCCUGUGCCUGGGCUGGGGGCUCCCUGCGCUGGUCGUGGCCAUUUCUGUGGGAUUUACCAAGGCCAGAGGGUACAGCACCAUGAACUACUGCUGGCUCUCCCUGGAGGGGGGACUGCUGUAUGCCUUCGUGGGACCGGCCGCGGCCGUCGUGCUGGUGAACAUGGUCAUCGGGAUCCUGGUGUUUAACAAGCUCGUGUCCAAGGACGGCAUCACUGACAAGAAGCUGAAGGAGAGAGCAGGGGCCUCGCUGUGGAGCUCCUGCGUGGUGCUGCCGCUGCUGGCGCUGACCUGGAUGUCGGCCGUGCUCGCUGUCACCGACCGCCGAUCCGCCCUCUUCCAGAUCCUCUUUGCCGUCUUUGACUCACUGGAGGGCUUCGUCAUCGUGAUGGUGCACUGCAUCCUGCGGAGAGAGGUCCAGGAUGCUGUGAAGUGCCGCGUGGUGGAUCGCCAGGAGGAGGGCAACGGGGACUCGGGGGGCUCCUUCCAGAAUGGCCACGCCCAGCUCAUGACCGACUUUGAGAAGGACGUGGAUCUGGCCUGUAGAUCAGUGCUGAACAAAGACAUUGCAGCCUGCCGCACAGCCACCAUCACGGGCACGCUCAAGCGACCAUCUCUGCCCGAGGAAGAGAAGCUGAAGCUAGCCCACGCCAAGGCGCCCCCCAACUUCAACAGCCUGCCGGCCAACGUGUCCAAGCUGCACCUGCACGGCUCGCCCCGCUGCCCCGGCGGCCCUCUGCCCGACUUCCCCAACCACUCGCUGACCCUCAGGAAGGACAGGGUGCCCAAGUCGUCCUUUGUCGGCGAUGGGGACAUCUUCAAGAAGCUGGACUCGGAGCUGAGCCGAGCCCAGGAGAAGGCCCUGGACACGAGCUACGUGAUCCUGCCCACAGCUACAGCCGUGCUGCGGCCCAAGCCCCAGGAGGAGCCCAAGUACAGCAUCCACAUCGACCAGAUGCCCCAGACUCGCCUCAUCCACCUCAACAUGGCGCCCGACGCCGGCCUCCCCGCCCGCAGCCCGCCCUCCCGCCCCCCCCCCCCGGGGCCCCCCACCCCCCCCCCCCCGCCCCCGCCCCCGCCGCCCCCGCCCCCUCAGCAGCCCCUGCCCCCUCCCCCCACCCUGGAGUCAGCGCCCCCCAGCCUGGGGGAGCCUGGGGAGCCCGCUGCCCACCCGGGGCCCAGCACGGGGGCUGGGACGAAGAAUGAGAACGUCUCCACCUUGUCCGCGAGCUCCCUGGAGAGGCGGAAAUCGCGCUAUGCGGAACUGGACUUUGAGAAAAUCAUGCACACCCGGAAGCGGCACCAGGACAUGUUCCAGGACCUGAACCGGAAGUUGCAGCACGCCGCCGAGAAGGACAAGGAUGCGCCGCUGGGCCCGGACAGCAAGCCAGAAAAGCAGCAGACGCCCAACAAGCGGCCCUGGGAGAGUCUCCGAAAAGCGCACGGGCCCCCCGCCUGGGUGAAGAAAGAGCUGGAGCCGCUGCCGCCAUCACCGCUAGAGCUGCGGAGCGUGGAGUGGGAGAAGUCGGGCGCCACCAUCCCGCUGGUGGGUCAGGACAUCAUCGACCUCCAGACCGAGGUCUGAGCGGGCGGGCGGCGGCCACGCACCGGGCCACGGAGGAGGGAUGCUGCUCUGUCCGCUCCUGCCACAGGACGGGCACAGGCACGCUCACGGGCGGCGGGCAAGGCCCGCGCCCCGGCCUCAGGGCGCUCGGACGGCGGCCAGGCAGAGGCCCGCAGUGCUGGGACCAGAGCCAGACGGGACAGGAGGCGGCGGCCCCGGUGGGCACAGGGCUCCGGAGGCCCGAAGGUGCCUCAGACUCUGCCCUCCUCCGGCCCAGCCCCGGCGGGCGGGCAGGCCACCGUGGACAAUGGCCAGGCCAGGUGCGCCCAGCAUCCCUGGGGUGCCCACCUGAGCUGCUGCAGCAGAGGACCAGCCUGCUUGGCCUGGCCAGCCUGGCACCGUUUUUUAGAUCCCCCCAUCCCUCGGGAAGCAGCCAGCCCCCCCGCACCCUUCCAGGGCCCAGGGGCCCCUCCCCAGACCCAGGCGGAGAGCACAGCCCUCCCACCUACACCACCCCAGGGGCAGGACCAGAAGCCCACUCCAGGAAGAAGCAGGGGUGGGGAAUCUAUUUUUUCUCUCCUUUUCUUUUCUUCAAUAAAAAGAAUUAAAAACCCA